AUGGCAUCUUCGACACACGAGGAUGUGGACUGGGAGGUGCCUUGCGACAAAAACUGGCGCGAGGACCCGAGGGUCGUCAAUCGGCAGCUGCCUCCUCAGUGGUUCAAGACAAGCAACGGAAGCGAUCCGUUUCCGGACUACUCACAUGGUCCGAUCUACAAGGUCAAGGACCGCGACAAGAAGCGGCAAGAGCUUGACACCAUUACCGAUGACAAUUCAGCCGCCCUUUGCAAAGACCUGCCGGGCAGCAUCGCGGCGAUGGGAAACUACCGUAGGGGGGAGCUGAAGAUGAGUGACCUCUCCGAGCUCAUGAGCCACUACGAUCGGCUGGCUGGCUACAACCCCGACAAGCCAGAGACGCCGCAAAAUACCCUUUUUUGUGGACCUGAAAGCGAGGAGACUUGGAGAAUGAGGAGGAAAUACAAGACGGGCAUGCGCGUACAUUCCGUUGGCCCAAAUUUGUCGUGCAACGACUCACAGUUCACGAGCCACGCCCACGCGCGCUUCUACCUCUCCAGCUGCGAUGAAACUGCUCCAACAAGAGAAGAGGCGCCCUUCGUCCCACGGAAGCUUGAUGCACGUGGCUACAUGGGUUGGGGUCCCGAAGAGUACGCGGCCAUGCGGAAGCCGCCGGAGCGGUUUCCGGUGAUCUUGGAGACAGUGGACCACAAGCCCGACCAUCCAACGGAGAAGUUCCGUAUCGAGGCCGCUGGUGGUACUGUCACCAUGGAGGAUCCGCCGCGGUUGGAUGGCAGUUUGGCCGUGAGUCGUGGGCUGGGAGACUUCGAAUACAAGGGGGAUGGCCAAAGGCUUGCCAGUGAGCAGAAGGUGUCCUGCGUUCCGGACAUAUACGAAAUCUCAUCCCUCCAGCCGGGAAGCAUCUGCGUGCUCGGCUGUGAUGGCAUAUGGGAUGUCAUGACCGCGGAAGACGUUGCAGAGUACGUGCGCGAGGAGCUCUCUAUGGAUCCUCCCACUGACCUCGGGGAUGUGGCUGCCGAGCUACUCCGCCUCUGCCUGAAAAAGAACAGCCGUGACAACAUGACCUGCAUGAUCCUCCAGCUGGUGGAUGGCAGCGAUUCCGUAGGCUUCCCGGACGAGAUGAAGAAUUAUGAGAAGCUGCUCGAGCGUGGUGACCAGGAUGAGGACGUGCAGAGCCAUUAUGCUAGUUUCUUGACGACGUCCAAAUUCCCUCCGCAGGCUCUGAGCUGUGACGUCUGCAAGAGAUGGCUGCUUCAGAUGAACCAGUCCGGGCCUUGA